AUGAUUAACAACACUAAUCUCUUCUUCCCCUUCUACUACUUUAUGAACAUCAUCACCCUUACAAGUGCUAAUCCCCUCUUGAUGAUCCAUCGUCAUCCCCUGUUCCUAGUGCUGGUGCUGGUGGUGCUGUCUUCUCUUCCGCUUGGCUCGCCGGAUGAUCUUCUUGAGAGCUUACAUCCUGACAACCUGUGUAUUUAUAAGGGUCUGGGCCGGGCCUGCGAGCACCCUUUCCCUCCGACGAAGACCAUGUUCAUCCCUGACAAGGACUGCCAGAAGCCGGACCUCCUGGCCACCUCCAGCGACUUCCUCCGCGUCUGGCGAAUCUCCGACGACCGGGUGGAGCUCAAGAGCCUCCUCAACGGCAACAAGAACAGCGAGUAUUGCGGCCCUCUCACCUCCUUUGACUGGAACGAGGCCGAGCCCAAGCGAAUUGGCACCUCCAGCAUCGACGCCACCUGCACCAUCUGGGACAUAGAGCGCGAAACAAUCGAUGAAAUCGGAGGCCGUGUAGGGAACCUCGAGGAGUCGCGCCAGUGA